UUCCACCUCGUCGACGGGUGUGUGUGUGUGUGUGUGCGUGUGUGCGUGUGGAGAAAUCUAGGAAGUAACGUUUGCCUAAAACUUUUCGACCAGGACGACGCGGAGACGUUAAUCCUCAAAUUUCUGAGAGAAACUCUGAUUUAUUAGAGAAAUAACGUCGCCGAACUGCUGGGAAUCACUCUUGAAUCACUUUUGACGGUGGAUAAGUAGUUUCUUGGCUCACCUUUUUUUGGGAAGCUCAGGUGGAGAAAGGUUUUUUUUUGUCAUUGGAGUCCGUUGAUGCCAGAGGUGUGCCUCCUCUGCGCUGUCGGGAGUGUUUCUGCGUUUACGGAUGAAAUGAGAGGUUUUGUUCGAAAGUAGAUGCUGGCAGAGAUUUGGGGCAGUGAGUGAUGCUGAACCCUGCGUUUAUAUCAGGAUGAGCACUACCGAUGGAUCCGGGUCCCCUCAUCAGGAUGGAGAGGCCCGAGUCGUGCAGAUCUACCCCAGGCUGCCCCAGGACACACCUGUCUACUGUCCCCUGCAGAUCGGCGCCGGGGAGACGGCACGGUCGGUUAUUCACAACGCCGUGGUCACUCUGGGCCUAGAUGCCAGCAAGAAGUACAGUCUGCUGGAGGUGCGGAAAAGCGGCGGAGAGGAGAGGUUGCUGGAGGCUGGGGACUGCCCUUUGGAGAGAGUCCUGCUGUGGCCGCCGGGCGCACAGAGGUGGCAUCCUCAGAGUUAUGGGUACUACUUCAUCCUGCAGCACCAACAAGCCAACAACGGAGGCAACCAAGUAGAAAGCGAGGACUACGACGACCUCUGUAACCUGCAAACUGUGACAGAGGAGAGCGUUCUGGAGGCUUUACGCCAGCGCUUCUACAGGCUCAAAAUCUACACCUACGCCAGCAACAUCCUCAUCGCAAUCAACCCCAAUAAGUUCCUGCCUCUUUACUACAACCCCAAGUAUGUCAAGAAGUACGAGAACCAGCCGCUGGGCAAACUGAGCCCUCAUAUAUUUGCAAUAGCAGACGUGGCCUUCCGCUCGAUGCUGAACCGGCAGGUCAACCAGUGCAUCGUGCUGUCUGGGGAGAGCGGCUCGGGGAAGACUGAAAGCUGCAGUUAUCUCAUCCACUGCCUGACCGCCCUCAGCCAAAAGACGUACUCCAGCGGGCUGGAACGGACCAUCCUCGGGGCCGGCCCGGUGCUGGAGGCCUUCGGCAACGCAAAGACCGCAGAGAAUGAUAACUCAAGCCGCUUUGGGAUGUUCGUCCAGCUCAACUAUCUGGCGAGCGGUGUCAUCAGAGGGGCAGUCAUUGAGAAGUACCUCCUAGAAAAGUGCCGUCUGGUGUCCAGAGAUCCAAAAGAGAGGAACUACCAUGUGUUUUACAAUCUGUUGGUGGGCGCGUCUAAAGACGAGCAGGAGGAGUUUCAUCUGUUAAAGCCGCAGGAUUAUCACUACCUCAAGCAGGAAAACCUCGAUCUAGAUGAUGAGGAGAAACUUGGGCAGGAGUACAAAAGGCUCCAUCAAGCUAUGGAGAUGGUUGGCUUCUUACCCUCCACCAAGAAACAGUAUGCCUACACAGUGCGGGACUCCAUGGCCAAGUGUUUAUACAGCGCUCUCUUUGACUGGAUCAUCCUUCACAUCAACCACGCAAUGCUCAAUAGACGGGACAUGCAGGAGUCAGUUCCUUGUUUGUCCAUCGGCGUCCUGGAUAUGUUUGGAUUCGAGAAUCUCCAGACAAACAGCUUUGAGCAGCUGUGCAUCAACUACACACACGAGAUACUGCAGUAUUGCCUCAACCAGCACAUCUUCAAGCUCGAGCAAGAAGAUUAUGUGUCCGAGGGCAUCACCUGGCAGAAUAUCGACUACUCUGACAACAGCGGCUGCCUUCAGCUGAUCAGCGAGAAAUCCACUGGACUCUUUGACCUGCUGGAUGAGGAGAGCAGUCGCCCUCAGGCCACAGAUGAAACCCUGUUGGACAAGUUGAAGCAGCAGCAUCAGGACAACCCGUUCUUUGUCCCCUCCUCAAAUACAGAGAUGACUUUUGUCAUUCAACACUUUGCUGGAAGGGUUAAAUAUCACAUCAAGGAUUUCCGGCAGAAAAACACUGAGCACAUGUGUCCUGAAGUCGUAUCACUUCUGCGGACCAGCGAGCGGGCAUUCGUACAUCACUUGGUCGCAUCCAGUCCAGAAGCUCUGUUCAGAUGGGGAGUCCUCCGAGCAACCAUCCGCAUAGUCACAGUAUUCAAGAACAUGGGACGCCAGCGGUCAGAAUCAAUAUCGACCAGACGAAGCUCCCGCAAAACCCUCAGAGAGAUGAAACAGCAAAGCAGUGCAAUGGACAGACUAUCGAGCAACAGCCUGACUCUGGAUUUCUCCUUUGAUCGCUCCGAUGAACAUCCUCUUGAUGUAUUUGAAGACAUCUUUGUCAAUUAUGAAAAGAGAAAAAAAAGUCGGAGCGGUCGACAAAAGCAGCUCAUUCCAAAGAACCUCAUGGAUUUGCACUCCCUCCGACAUAUUGUCGGCAACGCUGCGCAUGACCGAACCAGCAAAUUCAUCUUCCACCCUAAUCGGACAACGAAGCCCCCGACAGUUGCUGCCCAGUUCCAGGCCUCUCUCAGAAAGCUGCUUGAGACAGUUGAAAAAGCAGAGCCAUUAUUUAUUUUCUGCAUUCGUUCCAAUGCUGAAAAGAAGGAGCUGCACUUUGAUGAUGAAGUUGUGCUGCAGCAGAUCAAGCACACAGGCAUACUGCAGAUGGUACACAUGCAGAAGUCUGGUUACAGCGCCAAAUACACAUUCGAGGCAUUUGUUCAGAAGUUCAGGAUUUUGCUUCCAAAAGGAGCUGCAGUAACACCAGAGCACAUAACUGAGCUGUUUCAAAGGAUGGAGCUGAAUAAAAACACCUAUCAAAUAGGAAAAACAAAGGUGUUCCUCAAGGAGAAGGAGAGGCAACUGCUGCAAGACACGCUUAACAAAGAGGUGAUGCGUCACAUCAUCAUCCUGCAGCGCUGGUUCCGUGCCUGUCUCAUGAGGCUGCACUUCCUGCAAAAGAAAGAUGCCACUAUGAUUAUACAGAAGUGUUGGCGUGAGUUUUAUGAGAAACAAAACCGAGCUGCUACAGUGAUUCAGACAGCGUGGAGAAGUUCCCUGAAGAAGCCAGAACACCCAUAUGCGACGGAGGAUGGGGAGUCAACCCAAACCCGGUCUGGACGGGACAGCUUGAAAAAGGAGUUAAAGAGGCAGAACAAAGUGGAGCACAGCCCCAACCGGUCCAGGAGCAGGGAGAGGCGAGAGGGCAGAGGAUCCCCUCCACCUCUCAACAGACCCCUCUCCCUCCCACUGGACUCCAAAGUCGACAGUGACAACGGCUCCACCAGCCCCUCGCAGGGCAGCUCGCUUCAGCGCUACAAAGACAUGGGGGGCAUCAAGGAGAAGGCCGAGAGGUGGAGGGAAAGAAAGAGUGAUGGCGACCCGACUGAUGACUCGAGUCCAGAAGUUCGGCGACGACAAUUUGACCGGAGAGAUGACUUUCAGCGCAAAGUGAAGUCCAUGUCUGUUGACGAACUGUCCAAGAUCAGCUCCUCAGGUUCUGAUAGCUCACCCUCUACCAAUGAGGUCAGGGUGCGUCUCCGCAAGCAUCCCAAACGCAAGCGGCGCUUAGCCUACCCCCGCAGUGGUUUGAUGACGAACUUUGGGGGCUCCAAGGAAAGCGAGUACUGGAGCUUUCCGUUGCCUCCCAUCAGCCCCCAUGUGCCCAACAUGAAGAGCUCAGUCAGUAGCGUGGAUGUCCGGGCCCUCAAAUCCCAGGUCAAGAUACCAGCGGAGACUGAUGGGUCCAGGUACAGUCUUCCAGCCAGGAGAAGCGAUGAGGAUUCGGGACAACAGGGAUCAAACCAGUCACAAUUCACAAGUCCUGAAAAGAUUUGGUUUUUAGGUAGAUUACUGAGAAAGCGGGGGCCUAAAUAUUCCCCAGGCAGUGACUCUCCGUCAGACAAAACAGUCACCUUGGCCAGCUACACUCCACAAUCCUACCACAUGCCCAACCAGAGCAGUGAAAGGGUCACUCGAAACCCGACCAUUCGAAUCAGCCGGGCCACUCGGGCGCUGCAGGGGAACGCAUCUCUGGAUCGUGAGAUCACCAAUACCAAAGAGCUGCGAAACCUGGACGAAUUCCUCGGUAAUCAGGUGAAUGAGCUGCGAAGUAGAAUCACAGAUUUGUCGCAGACAGAGAGCAUCUUCCUCACAGCCACCAUGCAGUUCAGAGAUACCAUCAAAGGCAUGUACUCUGUUCAGAAGCCCCGAAUCGGCUACAAAGAUUUAAUGAAGGGCUAUCGCAACAAAGUGAACACGCUAGCUGGGUCCAAGAAGAAGAAGACAGAAGUCACGCUGGUGGUGAACUUGUUUCAGUCUAUGCUGGACGGCUUUAUUAGGGGCGAGCUAAAACGAAUGGACUCAGAACCGACCAAGGCCACCAAGACAACAAAGAAGAGGAGGAAAAAAGAAAAAUGUCCUAAUAGUCCUCUGGAUCACCUGUUCAGCACUUACCAGGUGAACAUCAUGCAGUCCUGUGAUCUAUGCGGCUCCUACAUCUGGGGAAUGGAGAAAGCCUACAUGUGCAGUGCUUGCAAGUUAAUAUGUCACAAGAAAUGCCUGAGCAAAAUCAUCACAGAUUGCUCGACAAGGUGUGCCAGACAGGACGACAGUAUACCGGGCUCCCUUCACUUUGGGGUGCAGGUGUGUGUCCUCACCAGUAAAGCAAACCCUGUGCCCAAAGUGGUGGAGUUGUUGCUGAUGCACGUGGAGUUAAACGGGCUCUACACGGAGGGAAUUUAUCGCAAGUCGGGCUCAACCUGUCGAGCGAGGGAGCUCCAUCAGAUUAUGGAGACCGAUCCGGAGAAACCAUGUUUAGACAAUUACCCGAUCCACACCAUCACAGGUCUGGUUAAACGUUGGCUCAGAGAGCUGCCGGAUCCACUCAUGACCUUUUCCCUCUACAACGACUUUCUGCACGCUGUGGAGCUGCCAGAGAAAUCUGAGAGAAUAAAAGCUGUGUACCAAAAAGUUGAAGAACUCCCGCCUGCUAAUUUCAACACGUUAGAGCGGCUCAUCUUUCACCUUGUCAGGGUUGCAAAGGAGGAAGAGCACAAUAAGAUGUCACCAAGCUCUCUUGCUAUUGUGUUUGCCCCCUGCAUCCUGCGUCCAGAUGAUAUGGAAGACCCCUUCCUUGGUAUAAAGGAUGUAGCCAAGACGACACGGUGUGUGGAGAUCCUGAUCUCUGAACAGCUCCGACGCUACAAUGAGAAGAUGCAGAAUAUUCAGGAGCUGGAAUACGCCGAGGCGCUGGCUGUCAAUCAGCUUAAACUGAAGAGACAAAACACGAUCAUUGAAAAGCCCUCAGAGCUGGAUGCUCCACUGCAAAACUCAGAUGAAACGGAGAGGACCCUCAUCGACAGGAUCAAGUCCAUCAAGCAAGAAAAGGUGGAGUUGGCGUGCCGGUUACCUGAGCUGGAGCAGGAGAACUCUGACAAUGACAACCUGGACUCAUCGUCGUCGAUGAGUUCAGAGAGUUUAGAGGACCGUUUGGGAAGCUUGGACUCGGAAGCUCCAGAAAAGGUGACCAUGCGAUUGAAAACCCAGAAACCCGUCUGCCCGCCUAAACCUCCUGACCUGGCGCAGAGAGUCAAAAGUCUGAUGGCUCUAGCAGAUGAUGCAGAAAGAGAGUUUGCUUCGGGACAAAAGACAGAUGUUACCCAGUACAUGUGCUUCCUGCCCAGCCAAGACCCCUCCCCAAAAGGAAAGCCCCAAAUCAAUACCAAGACCUCUAAUGGGAAUUUUGAUGACUUGGACAUCCCUUACAUCGAUGACGAUGAAGAUGUAACCUGCACAUAACAUAACAAGCUGUAAUAAUUGGAUUAUCCCUAAGUAUGCGUUUAUAGUGUGUUAUGUCAAAAAAAAGAACUGUGCACUUUGUUUAAUAGACUUUUCAGUGCUGCUAUGGAAACAACGUGCUUCGAGAAUUUAUAUGUAUUUAAUGGGAGAACGUACGGACUGUCCCCUCAGGGUUUUAUAACUGAUAUGGACAACAGCAAGGACUACUAAGCCUCCUUACAAACACUGUAUGUGAUUUUAAACAUAUUUCAGAAUUGUACAGUUUACAUUUUGCAAGCUGUUUCUCAUCUGUUAAGAAAAACGGGACAAUAUGAUGAAGAGCAACUGAGGACACAAGUGUCUCCUGUACUAAUGGACAUUAUUCUGAGCUCAGCCACCGUGGUACUAAUGGACUUCAUAGUGGUGUUAGUGGAAAAAAAUGUCUUACAAGAGUGCCCAAAGGGAUCAUAGGAGAAUCAGAGUUCUUCUCCGUUGUACAUGCAAUGUUUAGAAACCGUUUCAGUUGUUUUUCGGCUUUUCAUUUUCCCAUAGUAUUUACUGCUGUGACUGAUCACUGAUUAAAUCCACCUGCAAGGAAAUGGCCAUGUCGCUGCCUUUUACACUGACUGAAGAUGCUUCUCUCUGUCACUUAUCUUGGUGUUACAGUUUCACCAAGAUUCUGUCUUAUAGGCUCAAUGUAGCUUUUUGUUUUUUCCUUUGUUAAAUAUGCAUGCCUGUACAUUUUAUAAGGGGUAGGAAUAAUGGAUUUAGGGGUGAACAUCCUCUGAGUUUGUACUUUGUCACCAACUGAAAUAAACUGACCAUUUUCAAAUGUCUCCAACUGUAAUACAAAAA